UGCAACUUGCAUGCCAGCAUUUCUUUAGCACAUAAAAAAAACCUUAGUAGCAAACAUUCUAAGUUUUUUCAAUUGUAAAAGAAAAAAGAAAAAAAAAACCAAACAACCAUGUUGAAUUCUCCUUCAUCUUGUUCCUCAAACAUCAUUAAUCAGUCCAAAAAUAUCCUUGUUCUUUUUUCACUACUCCUUGUUCUCUCUUACCUUCCAAAAACAAACUCACUUUUGUUCAACAUAACAAACUUUGAUGAUCCAACAGUUGCAUCAAACAUGUCAUACCAAGGUGAUGGAAAAUCCACCAAUGGUUCCAUUGAUCUCAACAAAGUAAGUUACCUUUUCCGUGUAGGAAGAGCAUUCUAUUCACAACCUUUACAUUUAUGGGACAAAAAAACCAACACUCUCACAAGUUUCACCACACGUUUUUCUUUUACAAUUGAUAAACUAAAUGACACUACAUACGGUGAUGGUUUUGUGUUUUACUUGGCACCUUUAGGUUAUCAAAUACCACCUAAUUCAGCUGGUGGUGUUUAUGGUCUUUUUAAUGCUACUACUAAUAGUAACUUUGUUAUGAACUAUGUUGUUGGUGUUGAGUUUGAUACUUUUGUUGGUCCCACUGAUCCACCAAUGAAACAUGUUGGUAUUGAUGAUAAUGCUUUGACUUCUGUUGCUUUUGGGAAAUUUGAUAUUGAUAAGAAUCUUGGUAGGGUAUGUUAUGUUUUGAUUGAUUAUAAUUCUGAUGAGAAGAUGUUGGAAGUUUUUUGGUCUUUUAAGGGAAGGUUUGUGAAAGGUGAUGGAAGUUAUGGGAAUUCUUCAAUUUCUUAUCAAAUUGAUCUUAUGAAGAAGUUGCCUGAAUUUGUUAAUAUUGGAUUUUCGGCUUCAACAGGUCUUUCUACCGAAAGUAAUGUUAUUCAUUCGUGGGAGUUCAGUUCGAAUCUGGAGGAUUCAAACUCUACCACGAGUUUGGUGGAGGGAAAUGAUGGAAAAGGGUCGUUGAAAACGGUUAUUGUUGUCGUUGCUGUGAUUGUUCCGGUUAUUUUGGUAUUUUUGAUAGCCAGUAUUGUUGGUUGGGUGAUAGUGAAGAGGAAAAGGAAGAAUUGUGAUGAAGGGCUUGAUGAAUAUGGUAUACCAUUUCCGAAGAAAUUUGAUUUGGAUAAAGCAACAAUACCUAGAAGAUUUGAAUAUAGUGAAUUAGUUGCAGCUACUAAUGGUUUUGAUGAUGAUAGAAUGCUUGGAAGAGGAGGAUAUGGACAAGUUUACAAAGGUGCUUUGAGUUAUUUAGGAAAGAUUGUUGCUGUGAAGAGGAUUUUUGCCGAUUUUGAGAAUUCAGAAAGAGUUUUCAUCAAUGAGGUUAGGAUUAUAAGCCGUUUGAUACAUAGAAACUUGGUUCAAUUUAUUGGUUGGUGUCAUGAACAAGAUGAGUUACUUUUGGUUUUUGAGUACAUGCCUAAUGGAAGCCUUGACACACAUUUGUUUGGUGACAAGAAAAGUUUGGCUUGGGAAGUAAGGUACAAGGUUGCAUUAGGUGUCGCGAACGCGCUUCGUUACCUUCAUGACGAUGCUGAGCAAUGUGUUCUUCAUCGGGAUAUUAAGUCAGCUAAUGUGUUGCUGGACACUGAUUUCAGCACAAAACUCGGUGAUUUCGGGAUGGCGAAACUAGUUGAUCCAAUGUUGAGGACUCAAAGAACAGAUGUAGUCGGAACAUAUGGUUAUUUAGCACCUGAAUAUAUCAAUGGAGGAAGGGCUAGUAAAGAAUCUGACAUGUAUAGUUUUGGAAUUGUUGCUUUGGAGCUAGCAACUGGGAGAAGGUUUUUUCAAGAUGGUGACUUUCAUGUUCCUUUGAUGAAUUGGGUUUGGGGACUUUAUGUGGAAGGAAAUCUUAUGUGUGCUGCUGAUGAAAAAUUGAAUAUGGAGUUUGAUGUUAGUGAAAUGAAGAGUUUGCUUAUUGUAGGGUUAUGGUGUACUCAUUCAAAUGAUAAAGAAAGACCUAAGGCUUAUGAAGUAAUUAAGGUUCUUCAACUUGAAAUGGCAUUACCUGAACUUCCACUUGAUAUGCAUGAUCGUGCUCCUCCUAUUGUACCUUUUAGGCAAUCCAAUGGUCCCUCAAUGGCACCACCUAUGACUAACAGUCUUAUUACUUCUGGAAGAUAGUUCAAUACUUUUACGAGUUUACGAGUCGAGUCUUUUUGUGGAUGGAAGUUAUGGUUUUUUAUGUGGAAUUGAAUUCAUUCUAUUUCUGUAUAUUUGAUUUCUUUCUGUGACAAAAUUGUUGGCUAUUUGAAUACUGCAAUAUCUUGCUUGUGUAAGAUUUUGGAACAUUUCAACAAAAAGAAAUGACAAAUUUACCUUUUCUA